UUACAUAAAUUCAAGGCCCUAUAUAGGGCCCUUGUAUAAAUUUGGCAUGCGCCCCCUCGUUCAUGCGCCGCGCAACGCAUGCGAUAUCUGCAGCUGAAUCGUGAGUCCCUCGGUCAAAUUUCACUAAUUUGACAGCUAUCUGGAAUCCUAAAAUCCUGGCUAAUUGGACAAGACAAAGGUUGUGCGUGGAGACAAGUUCACCAAGUUCUUAGGUAGAUUGAAGUUCUGAGAAUGGAGCUUGAAGGAGAUACUCCUCGGAGGCCUCUUGAACCUGGACCUUCUGUUGUAUCUGAGAAGAGAGUUCGAAUACAGUCCCAGGUCGUGAGCAGCAGCGAGGAUGACCAGACUUUCGUCCGACGUCAGCAACACGCUCUGAGCAUGCUGUCCGUCAUCCAGAGCCUCCACGACCAGAAGCAACUCUGCGACGUUGUCCUCUCCGUCGAAUCCAAGGAGAUCCCUGCGCAUCGCCUGGUCCUCUCGGCUUGUAGUCCUUAUUUCCAUGCCAUGUUCACUAGCCAACUCAAGGAGUCAAGACAGGAAGUGGUCAAACUCCAGGACAUGAAUGCCGAAGCCAUCGAAGCCAUAGUGAAUUUUGCCUACAGUGCAAACAUAGACAUCACCGAGGAAAAUGUCCAGAGCAUCACGAAUGCUGCAUGUGUCUUGCAGAUGGAAUCGGUGAUCAAUCUGUGCAGUGACUUUUUGAAGACUCAAAUGCACCCAACUAAUUGCUUGGGGAUCAGGAACUUUGCCAGAAUGCAUGGUUGCUUUGAGCUCAGUGAGGCAGCUGAUGCCUUCGUUCACCUCAACUUCCCCAAGGUCGUUGCGCACGAUGAAUUCCUACAACUCAGUACUAAAGACCUUGUUAAACUCAUUGAAAAGGACAGCCUGAACAUUGCCAAGGAAGAGGAGGUCUACCAAGCCACGCUCCGUUGGAUCCAGCACGACCUUGCCAAUCGGGAACAACUCAUCGGAAAUGUCUUCGAACAUGUCCGCCUUCCCCUGCUCUCUUGGAAGUUCCUGAACUCUCGGGUUAUAGAAAACCCUCUCCUCAUGAAGGACGAAAAGUUUCAGAAGUUUGUGGAUGAGGCUCGCCGUUACCAUGGCAGCAAGUUUUACCCAGGAUUACACUGGGAAGUGAGCAUGAGGACAGUGCCGAGACAUUCAUGUAGCCAAGCUCAGUUUAUUUACGUCAUUGGAGGUGAAGUAUCCCCAAGCCGGAACACCCUGUGCACCGCGGAACGUUACCAGCCCGCCAUCAACAACUGGUCCCCGCUGCCUCCCAUGAAGCAGUCCAGGCGCGGUGUAGGCGUGGCCAUUGUGGAUGGCAUCAUUUACGCCAUAGGGGGUGCAGACUCCACCCCCCUGAGGGACGUCGAAUGUUACGAUCCCCAGACGGACAGCUGGAGGAACGUGGCAAAGAUGAAGGUGCCGAGGAGUAGUGUUGCCGUGGCGACGGUCGGAGGUCAGGUGUACGCCUGCGGAGGAUAUGACGGGAUGAGGAGCGUGAAGUCAGUUGAACAGUACGAUCCAAACCUGAAUGAAUGGAAGGGUAUAGGAGACAUGCAUACCCAGCGUAGUAUGGCUGCAGCCAUAUCACACGGGGGCUAUCUCUACGUGAUUGGGGGAUAUGAUGGAGCGGAAGAUUUGAAAAGUGUUGAGCGUUAUCAUCCUUUGCUAAAGGUAUGGAAAGAAGUUAGUCCAAUGAGAGUGGCUCGUUCAAUGACUGCAGCAGCAUGUCUCAAUGAAAGGAUUUAUGUCAUUGGCGGAUGUGAACACAACAAAAGCCUGGCAUCUGUUGAGGUAUACCAUCCAUCCACUGAUACUUGGUCCGUCAUCAGCCAUCUAGUUCACCCAAGGAGCGGAGUAGGUGCAGCCAUUGUUAACAACCGCCUGUACGCCAUCGGGGGCUAUGACGGACAGGACGGGCUGCGGUCAGUUGAGAGGUACGAGGAGGACAAGGACGAAUGGGGCGUGGUCACACACAUGGAGGUUGCUAGGAGACGGUUUGGAUGCUGCUCAUAGCACAAGUUUUUAUACUUUUAAGUUUUAUACACUUUUAAUUUCAUCCUUUUUCAAAUGGGAGAUCUUGACUUGGAAUAACUUCUUUCAGUGUACAAAUUUAAAUUUUGUGAAUAAUGAAAAUGCCCAAAUUGGAAUUGCAGUUGACGCUUGCAGCUUGUAAAAUUUUGUUUCAAUAAAGUGUUUAGCAAAAUGAAAUUUUAAGAUUAUUAAGCCACUUAGUGGAGAUCAUGGAUAUAUUUUUGUAUAUUCUUUUUAUUUUGGAGAGUAAUUAAAUAUUGUAAAUUAUAGCUCUCAUGUUUGUUUCAUUGUGAAAACAGGGUUUGAAAAAAAUGCCAUUUUCAACAGAAAUCUGAGAGAGAGAGAAGAUUUAAUAUAGGCAUGAAAAAGUGAAAGUUAGAAUGCACUCUUUACCUUUAAAGAGAUAAUAUUCAGAAGUACUUGUUUCUGAAGAUAUUAUGGUACCUUUUUCUGAAUGUUCUGUACUUUGGCAUGUUUUUCCCUAUUCUAAAGUCUUUCAAAAUUAGAGUUACGAGGUUAUGCUGAAUGAUAUUCAUUGUUAUAUUUUUACUAUUGUCGAUCUUGCACAAUUUUAUUGGAUUUUCUGUUAUGCAAUGCAUUGCAAUAUGAUUAUUGAAAAAGUAAACAGUAGUUAUGUUAAAAUCUUUAUGGCUCAGGCUUAUGAGAAUCAUGAAUCGUUGUCUGAAAAUGGCAGUAUUUCAGGGAUUUGUAAGCCUGGCUCACACCUUUGUGUAUUGAGAUUGCGUUAUGCUCGGCAUUGCUGCCUUCGUCUAACGAAAGACGGAAAAUUCAGUCUAUUUUCAGUCAGGAUAUGCUUCGCUGAGACUUCAUUUUGCUUCGUGGCAUCCUCUCCCUCCAUAGACCAAAGUAACUUAUUUGCACCGCAGUGGUGGUAGAUAUUAUACGUCAUUGAUAGUAACAUGAAUGUGAUUGGCUGAUGCAUUCUUAUGCUCAAGGUGCAAUAGAAACAUGAGUCAUGGCGACAAACGAUCUACAAGCUCGGGCUCUUUGGAAUCAAAAGUUUGGAUUUUGCAUCACAUAUUUUAAGAAACUGGUAAGCUGAUGGUAUUCAUAAAAAUUUAAUUUUCAUUCCGGCGCUUUGUUUCUCCCAUUAAAAUGGAAUUUAAGGGAGAAAUCAGAGAGGGUGAGGUUGCACACCCUUUCCCCCAUAUCCGCUGUAGUUAAGUGUUGCACGAACCACCACCAUUAUGAGUCCUAUCGGAGUCUUCCGUCUGUGUAGGAGGACCGAGAGAAAUCAGAAAAUGUUUAAAAAACUCUUCAGAAACAGCAGAUUUUUCAGUCUAGUCUAAUGCAGCAUUAAACAGCUUAAAACGCAAAGGUUUGAGCCAGGCUUUACACAGUGGCAUACCCACAUUCCUAAUUUCUACUGAAAUCUGAGAAUAAGUAGAGGAAAAUGCAAUCGGGAUUCCCUCUAAAAAUACAACCUAUAAUUUUGUCAGGGUGUGUACAUGCUAAUGUUAUCCACUCACAAUGCAACUCUUUGAAAAAACAACAACAUAAAUUUGUAAAAUAGCCUCUUUUUGUAAUAAAAUGAUAUAAGGAUAACCCUGGUAUGGGGUAUAUCUUAUUUUUUUGUGUGCACUACUUUCUCUAUCAUCAUAUAUAAAUUGGAGUUCCUUGAUAUUUAUUAUAUGCUAGUUUUAAUUUUUAUUGUUUAUAAUAUGCAUCUUGUAGAAAUCUAUGCAUAAUUGAUAAAGUCACUGGUGCAGCCUAUAUGCAUACACUUUAUAAUGAAAUAUUCAUCUAUGAAUAUGAUUUAAGAAUUCAAACCCACCAGCAUAUUUCGAGUCAAAAUUGAAACAAUGCUGAUGAAAAUGAGCUAAUAAUUUUUACAAGAAUCUUUCAUUUUUCACCAACAGUAAUGCUGGUACCCACUUGAUUUUGUGGUAGUAUGAAUUACACAAGCCUUUUAUAGUGUAUUGUCAUAUGAAAUUGACAUGAUUGUUUAGACAAGAAAUUUUUUUUCAUCCUCACAAGAAGCUGAUAUUUUUCACUGGCAAUAAUGCUUGUGUCUAUUUUAAUCAGUUGUUUAGGUGAUGAUAUUUGCUUUCAGAGGGUAUUUCUAUAUAUUUAUAUUUCCUAUCAUGAGUUUGCUUGUAAGAGGCUUCCCAAAACCUGUUCUUCGUCCUCCACUGUGGUCGGAAAUAAUCUGCAAUAUUUUGCAGGACUAGAUGAGUAGAAAAACACUGCAGUGCAUUAGUCAGGAGUAUAGAGGGAUUUAGGAGUUGCAUUUGACUUUUGGAAGAUUUUCUUGUUUUGUUUUUGAAGACUGCUGCAUCCAUAGACCAGUUCAAGAAGUUCUUGAAGGCCCAUUUAUUCUCUUAAUGAACGUUGAUUGUUUUUGUUACUCAACCGGGUCCUGUUCCAUAAAACUUGUUAUAAUUAAACAAGUCUGCAAUAACAGUUAAAAGCUACUGAAAUCCUUCAAUCUGAUUGGCUGAUGGUAAAUUUGUUAAUAAAAAUUGUAUAUUCGUUAUUAUAACAAGACUUUACAAAACAAAACCCAGGUGGGUGUUUCAUAAAGCUGUUCGUAAAGUUACGAACGACUUUACGCACGACUGGAACAUGAUCUUAGGUCAUAACUCAAUUACAUAGGGAGAUCACAUAGCACAAGAAAGGAUUACCAGUCGUGCGUAAAUUCAUUCGUACCUAACCAACAACUUCAUGAAACACCCACUUGGUCCCUUUUGAAAUGUUAUCACUAUUUAGUGCCCAGCAUGUAUAUCAAAUGAGGCACAUAGUGGAGCAGUUUACCAAAUACUCAGUGGAUUUGAUUUAAUUAGCAAUACUGCAUGAGUAUAGAGACAUGGAGGAUUAUUUGUUCUUAUAUUUUAGAGGGGGAUGAUGAAGUUGAUGGUACAAAGGUUCCCUGACAUUUGCACCAGCAAAUAUUUUUCCUACCAAAUGUCCACGCAUUAUGUCAAACAUAAACCCUAACUUCAAAUAUAACUUUAAAUAUAAUCUGAAUCCUCACAUCAUUCUGUUCAGGAUUGGCACUUGGACCUUUGAAUCAUGUAUCUCUGUUUUUUAAUUGAAUAAAUAAGUAAAUGAAUAAAUAACUAACUAAUUAAGGAAGUAAAUAAAUGAAUGAGUGAGUGAGUAAAUGAAUAAAUAAAUCAAUGAAUAAAUAAAAACCCUGCCAUGGCCUUAACCUUAGAACUAUAACUUCAGAGAAAUUAGAGGAGGAGAAAUCGUGACAGGAACCAAAGUCAUGUUACCGAUUCAAUGCCUCACUUGCCCGACUAACCGUAGAUUGUCAUAACAAGAAAUUUUUUUUUUGUGAACUCUGUAUUGAAAUUAAAAUCCUGGUGAUAAUAAUAACAAUUGUCACAUAAUAGGUCAGUCUACCUGAUACUGUAUAUGGCACUGACUCCGAUCAUGUAUAGCGCCAGCUGUUGAUAACAAACAGGAUAUCAGAAUUCGCUCAUUUUCCAAUGAUAACUUACUCUAUUUCAAAUCAUGAUUUUCAAUUUAAUUCAAAGCAUGGGAACUGUGUGAUCAACACAUGGCCCUGCAGGGGUUGAUCCAGGAUUUUCCAAAAGGGGGGGCACAUUUUCUGGAGGAAAAAUUUGACAAGCAAAAAAAAGGGGGGCACACUUCUGUUUUAACGGCAUUUUUACAUUACACGUUUUAAUUGUGCCUCUCAAAAGGAUCCGACAGUGUCGCCCUGGGUGCCCCCCCCCCCAAGAUUUUGUCGGGGGGGGGGGGAUGCAACAUGUGUUAUUCACCAGAGGCAGCACCCCCUGGAAAUGUGGUAGGUACGCUGAAAUUUACAACAUUUAAUCAAAAUCUCCUUCAUUUUGUCGCUCCCCCAUAAAAAAAAAUCAUGCUCAUCUUUCACCAAGAAGAUUUUAUGAUUUUGUGUUGCCAAUUUACUUGUAAUAAGUUAUCUGUCUGUACUCGUGUGAUGUAUGUACUAUAUAAUAGUUCUUUUGAUUGUAACAAAAUUUAUAUAUUUUUGAAAGAUUUUUGUGUACACAUUCGGUACUCUAACAUUGUAUUAUGCUAGGUAUAUCAUGUUAGAAUUGAGAGGAAGUGUAAUAACAAUUUGAUAGUAUAUGAUUUGAUAUUAAAGAUAUCGAUAAUAGCCCAA